AUUUUGGGGAUUUCCCCAUAUACAAAAUUCACUCUUCUCAAUUUUUAUUACUUUAAGUGGUGAUGGUUUAUGGCCAUAUUAUUUGGGGAUUUCCCUUGGUUAUAAAAUCAAGGGAAAUGCCCACAGUUUUCUUUAUUAGUUUUUAUUUUCCUCUGGAUAUUUCUAAGUGUAUCUGUUGGGCAGAGGGUAUAGUAAAUAGUAAGAGGAAAUAUUCCGGGGAGGGGGUGAAAAUUAUAUUACCCUCUUUAGGGCAAGUGGGUCUACCUUGUCUUGCCUAGUUAGUCUCUCGUAGAUUUUUGUACAGUGAAGUACCUUCUGACUGUCUAGAAUUCUUUCAAUUAAAGUUUUUAUAAAUAAAAAGGUGUUAUUUAAUUUAAUCUUAAAACCCCAUAAUCCAAUAGGUUAUGGGCCCAGUAUUGUUUUCAAAUAUUUAGUGCGUGAAUUGAAAAACAAUUUUUUGUGUUGUCUUCAAGUUUUUUUUAAAGUUCAAAUUCGUGUGAUAAUUAAGUGGUUACAGUAAACUAACAAUAACAGUGACAAUGCCGCCGAUAAGUCAAAUGAAACGAAAAAUUGAUCGGUUCAAUGGUGAAGGCUAUAGUGUGUGGAAGCAACGAAUUAGAAAUUUUUUAAUUGAUUUGGGAAUCAUCAACGUAAUAGAUGAACCCCGUCCGGAACAAGUCGGAUGCGAUUGGGAAGACGCGGACAGACAAGCGAAGGACGUGAUAACAAAUCAUCUUUCGGAUACCCUCUUCGAAUAUGGAGAAGGACUUACUUCAAGUCAACUUUUUGUGAAACUGGACACAAUGUACGAACGUAAAAGUGCUGCAACUAUGAUGACAUUGGAUAAACAACUGAUCACGUUAAAAAUCAAAGUGAACAGUUCAUUAAUUAAUCACUUCACCACAUUCGACGACCUGGUCAGACGCUAUGUGAGAGCCGGUGGAACAAUGCCCGAGAUAACGAAGAUAGCAAGAUUAUUAAUGACUCUACCCAAAUCUUAUGAGGCAAUUACGACGUCAAUUGAAACUGGAUUGACUGAACAAUCAACGUUGGAACAAGUAAAAAACCGACUACUUGAAUAUGAAACAAAUAUGUCAAUGCAACCAAGCAAGGCACGCUGAAGGUGAAGAGCAACAUCGGAAUCGAAGGCGAACUUAUCCAAGUUCUUUAUGUACCGGAAGUACCGUACAAUCUGUUAUCGGUACCAAAAUUGCAGGCAUCAGGUUUGAAAAACGUUUUUGAUGGACAGGGAUUCCAAAUUUACAACAACGGUAAGGUAGUUAUUAGUGGUAAGAGACGAAGCAACGUAAACAUCGUCAAAUUCACCGUCAACACGGGUAAGUUUCUUACAUGCAUAGCAAAAGCAAUAGAUUACAAUCUAUGGCACCAACGUUUAGGCCAUAUUGGCAAAAAUAAAUUUUUAGAAUUAAAAAUAAAGAAAUGGUAAGCGAUGUUGAUUUGUUGAACAAAAUUAAGCCAAACGAUACACUAUGCGAAGCUUGUAUAAAGAGUAAACAAGCGAAAUUGCCAUUCAGUAAAGAAAAGGAUAAAAGUCAUGUGCAACGAGCAUUAUUCAUAAUACAUACGGAUGUUUUUCGGUCCGGUAACUCCUCUAACCGUGAAAGAUCAAAGAUAUUUUGUAACCUUUAUUGAUGAAUUUACUCAUUAUUCAGUUAUCUAUUUAAUGCAAAAUAAAUCCGAAGUAUUUUCUAAAUUCAAAGAUUAUGUAGCUAAAAGUGAAAACCAUUUUAAUUCAAAAGUAGUUAAUAUCUAUUGCGAUAACGGCCGAGAGUAUUUAUCAAACGAUAUGAAAAAUUAUUGCAUAGAAAAAGGAAUAACUUAUCAUUUUACAGUACCGGGAACCCCACAGUUAAACGGUGUCGCUGAGCGUAUGAAUCGUACAAUAUUAGAGAGAGCUCGCGCUAUGAUUAUCGAGGCAAAGUUAGAUAAAGUUUUCUGGGGGGAUGCUGUUCUAACAGCAGUGUAUUUAAUAAACAAAACUUCAACAAAAGCAUUAAAAAUCAACAAAACACCAUUUGAAUUGUGGCAUGGCAAGAAACCACAAAUAAAAUAUUUGAAAGUAUUUGGUUCCACGGUUCAUGUUCUUAUCAAAACAAAUGAGAAUAAAUUUGAUGAAAAAAUCAUGGAAAGGAAUACUAGUAGGAUAUGAACCAAGUGGAUACAGAAUAUGGGAUGUAGAAAAUAGAAAAUACAUCAUUGCAAGAGAUGUAAUUGUCGAUGAAUCAAACUUUCAUAUAAGCAGACCACAGGUGAUAGAAAAUGAAACUGGAGUCCCUGAGAACAGCUCAAACUCAGUAUGUAAAGAAACUGAAAUCACUGACAAUGGGUCAAAUUCAGAAAUAAAUGAUACUGAAGUUGAUAGCGAAGUAUUAAAUGAGAAAUACAAAUUUGGUAAAACUGGAGUCCCUGAGAACAGCUCAAACUCAGUAUGUAAAGAAUCUGAAAUCACUGACAAUGGGUCAAAUUCAGAAAUAAAUGAUACUGAAGUUGAUAGGGAAGUAUUAAAUGAGAAAUACAAAUUUGGUAAAACUGGAGUCCCUGAGAACAGCUCAAACUCAGUAUGUAAAGAAACUGAAAUCACUGACAAUGGGUCAAAUUCAGAAAUAAAUGAUACUAAAGUUGAUAGCGAAGUAUUAAAUGAGAAAUACAAAUUUGGUAAAACUGGAGUCCCUGAGAACAGCUCAAACUCAGUAUGUAAAGAAACUGAAAUCACUGACAAUGGGUCAAAUUCAGAAAUAAAUGAUACUAAAGUUGAUAGCGAAGUAUUAAAUAAGAAAUACAAAUUUGGUAAAGCUGGAGUCCCUGACGAGACGUCAAACACAGCAAGAAAGCCAAAAUGGAGGGGGUUCGGUAUACCUAGCAAUGAAGGUAGCCAAAGCCAAAUACCUCACUGUGAAAAUCAUAAAAUCGAUGCUACAGACACAUGGUCAGCAUCAGGAGAAAUAACACAAAGGCUGCAGAAAAAGAUUCAUGACAACGACUUGAAAAACUUAAGAGACAAAAAUCAUAUUUUAAGGGAGUCAAAAGAUUUGAAAAAGGAUGGAGCACCUCCUAUUGAAAAUAGUGAACAAUUGGCUGACAUACUGACAAAACCACUUCCUGCACCGAGAUUCUUACAACUAAGGACUGAAAUAGGGUUAAAAUAAUAUAAUAAUAAAUGUUCUGUAAAUUGAUUGGUUUGAUUAGGUUUUUCUGGGUUUCCCUAAUCCAAUGCAGUAAAUGCUGAACCAUAUGUAUUUGCCCCAGGAAACAGUCAGAAGGCACAAUAGAUAAAAGAUAUGGAAGUUUAAUAUUUUGAAUAUUGAGUUAGAAUAAGGAGGAUUGAAUUUUGAGGGGGUGUGUUGGAUUUUGGGGAUUUCCCCAUAUACAAAAUUCACUCUUCUCAAUUUUUAUUACUUUAAGUGGUGAUGGUUUAUGGCCAUAUUAUUUGGGGAUUUCCCUUGGUUAUAAAAUCAAGGGAAAUGCCCACAGUUUUCUUUAUUAGUUUUUAUUUUCCUCUGGAUAUUUCUAAGUGUAUCUGUUGGGCAGAGGGUAUAGUAAAUAGUAAGAGGAAAUAUUCCGGGGAGGGGGUGAAAAUUAUAUUACCCUCUUUAGGGCAAGUGGGUCUACCUUGUCUUGCCUAGUUAGUCUCUCGUAGAUUUUUGUACAGUGAAGUACCUUCUGACUGUCUAGAAUUCUUUCAAUUAAAGUUUUUAUAAAUAAAAAGGUGUUAUUUAAUUUAAUCUUAAAACCCCAUAAU